CAAACAUUUAAAUUCAGGUUCUCCGAGCAUGAAAUCGGAGGGGACCAACCUGUCCUAAAUCCGCCGCACCACAAACGAGUGCCACUUAUUGAUUCAACGGCGGCCAAUUAGAACUUUUUAUAACACGGAUGCGUUCGGAACGUACGGAGCACCCGUUCCACCCUAGAUCUUGAUGCAUUCAUUCUGCAAGUGGUACGUAUGCUGAUUCAUCAAACAUAUCAAGCCUAUCUGCACAGCUCACACAAGCUUGUGGACACCCCCACCCGAAAUUAGCUGCUCACAAAAUUAGGAGCGUCAUUCUCCUCGUGGAUUGUUUGAAUACUCUGAGUUCCAUCCUGCAUCUUUCAGAGUCUUGUCUGAUAUCCUCUUAACCAUAAUAUGCGUGCUUACUACUUUGACAACCUUGAGGGUGACCAACGUCUCCCACAUGACUCUGGCAUGGAUGUUUCAGAUGAGAUCUUGAAGUCCAUUGGCGUCUUGCAUUGGCACAUUCCCAUUGAUGCCGAGGGCAAGCAUGAGCAGGAGAUUGCUGCUAUUGCGAAGGAAAGGAAUUACAAGAACCACGAUGUUGUCGCUAUCAGCAAAGAGGGUCUUGGUGAUGAAUUUGAAACGAAGAUCAAGAGUUUCUACCACGAGCACAUGCACGAUGAUGAAGAAAUCCGAUACCUUCUUGAAGGCACCGGCUUCUUUGACGUUCGUGAGCACUCCAAUGAGUCCUGGAUUCGUUGCCACAUGGGUGCCGGUGACCUCUUGGUCCUCCCUGCGGGUAUUUACCACCGCUUCUCUCUCGAUAUGGGCAACCGCGUCAGGACCAUGAGACUGUUCAAGGAUGAGCCCAAGUGGAUUGCGCAUAACCGCAGUAACCAAACGGAUGCUAACCCCUUCCGCUUGGAGUACUUGAAGAGCAUCGAGGUUCAGUAAAUCAAUGCGUCUGUUGUGGAGCACAUGAUAUGUCUUAUGCAUGAGAUAUCCUAGUCAACAUUGCAAUUUAUAGUGUUCCACUAUGCUGACCUUCGGCAGAUUCAUCUGCCGUCAGUAACGAAUGCACCACGCAACCCAUCGCGGUCCCGAAAUAUCAU